AGAAGUAUCCGGAUCUCGGAUAUCACACUGUGACCGCAAGCCAGGAACAACGUUAGUGGGAAAUAUACCUGAGGGACAAUUUUGGAAGAUUUUGAAGAAGCCGAAAAUUUCCACCAUGAAACACAAACGACAAAGUUCACUCUUGAGACCAACAACUACUAAACAGGAUGUCCCGGUAAUUUUCCAUGAGCCCCAUGUCGAGACUGGAUUCCGCCAUCCUCAUCAGCCAUGGAUCUAUUACGUUUGCAGCAUGUUUCAAAAGCAUAAUGAAUGUAUGAAUGUUUGGACCCACCUCAUUGGUUUACUGUUGACAAUUUCCAGGUGCAUGGAGUUUGCUAAUGAGUAUGACUUAAUUGGAAAUCCUCAUAUGUGGCCCCUCAGUGCUGGACUAAUAACUAUGAUAAUUAUGUAUCUCUGUAGUACAUGUGCACAUUGCUUUUCCAACAAAUCUGAGCAAGUACACUAUACAGGAUUUAUGAUAGAUUAUGCUGGCAUUGGUAUAUUUGGCUUUGGAAGCACUAUCAUGCAUUAUGCUUAUUGCAUCCAUGACACUAUGCUAAAUUCAGCUUUAAAGAUGUUAUCAAUUCCAGUUGGGGUAAUUUUAGCUGCAUUAGUGUGUUUAUGUUGCAGCAUCUCUAAAGUAUUCUACAAACGUCCAUACCCAUUUACAAGAAAAAUCUGGCAAAUAGGUUCAGUGGGAAGCAUCUAUUUGUGGCUCUCCCUGCCAAUUUUACAUCGUUUAUUUUUAGAUAAAGAUGGGGAGGACGUUAGUCUCUAUCACCACUCAGCUCAGAUGGUCUGGUUUGCUCUGGCGGGCUUCUUCUUUGGAUCUGAUAUUCCUCAACGAUUUUUCCCUGGAAAGUUUGACUUUGUUGGACAUAGCCAUCAGAUUUUCCACAUCUGUAUAAUUCUUGUCACCCAGAAACAGCUUGACGGAGUCCAUUUAGAUAUAGAGAAAUAUCACAGAACCCCAGCUUUUGUGGAUGAACCAACAUUUAUGGAAACAUUUGGGGCAGUUAUCAUUUUGUCAGUUGCAUGCAUUGUUAAUGUUUUGGUAUUUCAUAAUAUUGUGAAAUCAAGAUUGGCAAAAGAAAGUUUAAAGCAAAAGCAAACUUAACAUAUACAUGUAUAUUAAGUUUAUUCUUGCUAAUUUUUGUUCAUGUAUCAUUUUCUGUUAGUGUAACUGAACAAGGAUCUUUCAUUUUAUGAAAAAAAAUGAGGAAAUAACAAAACAUGACAUGUUAAAAAUUAUUAUAAUUUUAUUAUUAUCCUUGCUGUUAAUGGUCAAAUUAUGUGAUAGGAAAUAUAUACCAGGUAAUCCUAAUUAUGAUACGUAACAUGUAUAUAGGAAAUGAGGUAAAGGAACUAUUGUCCAUUGAGUUUAUUGUACCUAAAUGAAGGAUCUGCAACUUGCAUCCUGUGUUAGGAGAUAUUUUGUCAUUAGAAUAUAAUCACCAUUUCUACUCAUUUCUUCCUGAACUGUUGAUAGCUACUAGGAUACAUGUACUUGGGUAUCAAUUCUAUUUUUAGAAUUAAUAGCUCUUAUAUUUCCUUGGCUAUUACUUACGAAAACUACAUUUCAAUGGCUUAGAGAUAAUAUAUUUUAAAAGUUUUUUCUCAGCAUUUUGAAUUGAUAAUGAUGUUAGAAUAUAACCAGUAUUUGAAAUAACUCUGUUCCCGACCGUUCGAGAUGCACAAAUUUCAUCACAAGCGGACAUAUUUACAUGUAUUGACACCCAGCUGGACGUGUAAAAUUUUCUUAAAUUAAAAUUCAGAUAGUUUAUAAAAACUCUCUCAAAUCAACUAGUAGUACUGGUGGCAAAGUGUAACAAACAAACGGGUAGUAUAUUU